AUGGACCCUGGCCGUUGUGAUCAUCUUCAUUAUAUUCAAACUAUCAAAGGUGGGUUGGUUACGAAAGUACUAAAUGUGUUUCGCGGGAAGCCAAAACUUUCAUUCAAAAGUCUUGCAGAUAUACAUGAACGUGAGAGCCUUAUGGUUGAUAAUGAUGAUGGAAAGGCUGAAAGAGUGUGCAUUGAUGUAAUAGAGGAAGGAAUAGUGAAAACUGAACAUGGUGUUUUGGUAUGUGAUGCUGAUGAUGGAGAUGCUCAGAGACUCCGUGACCUGUAUGAUGAAGAAGAAGAUGAUGAUGAUGAUGGUGAUGAUGAUGAUGAUGAUGAUGGUGAUUUUCCCAUUUUCACACUAAAGCAACUUAAAGAAAGUAACAAAUCAAGGAAGAGGAAACGCUCACACCGUCUCUACUCUUCUAAAAUAAAAAUCAAUGUUGAAGAUCCGUCAACCGUGGAAGACUACACAGAGAAGCAGCAAAUUGCAGAAGAUGAUUCUGAUUUAUUGGAGACUCUCAGUAGCUUGAAAACUAAACUAUCAAAGAAUAUGAAGACCAAGAAGAAGAAGAAGAAGAAGUGCCUAAAAGAUCUUCCAGUGUCCUCCCGGGAGAGUGUGCUAGUUGAGCAAUCGGAAGAGAUACUUGACAGUCAAGAGUUCUUGCCCUCUAGUGGAGAUUCAGCUGCUCUUGUUGAAGUUAAGUUUGAUUGUCCUGAAAAUGUUUGUUUUGGAAGGCCAGAUGAUUGUGCCGGCAGAGAAAGUAUAGGCUAUCACCCAAUUUCCUCCCAAGAGUUUGUUCUUGUUGAUGAAUUUGAAGAGGUACUAGAUGGUCAGGAGUUCUCACCCUCUGGCAGGGAUUCAGUUGCUCUUGUUGAAGUGAAUUCUGAGCGUCCUGAAAAUGAUUGUUUUGAUGGGCCGGAUUUCUGUUCCGGUAGAGAAAGUAAAGAAGACCACUCAAUGUCCUCCCAAGAGUUUGUGCUAGUUAAAGAAUCUGAAGAGAUACAAGAUAGUCGAGAGUUCUCACCCUCUAAUGGAGAUUCAGCUGCUCUUGUUGAAGUAAAUUCUGAGUUUCCUGAAGAUGAUUGUUUUGACAGGCCAGAUACCUGCAGAGAAAGCAAACAAGAUGCAAACAUACCUUUUGAAUGGAAUAUGCAAAAUGAGUUAAAUUACAAAUGGAAAGACUUUUUUGAAAGUAUUCCAGUAGGACUGGUGAAGCCAUCUAGUAUGGGUAGUGUAAGAAGUAAUUCUGAACUAAGCAGCAACCAGGUUACAAACUUUCCUGCAAUAGAAUUUGAAGCCCGUGGUAACUCCAACAUUUCUGACAAUCAACUUGAUGACACUGAUAUACCAGUCCCACCUGAAGUAGCUAGUCAUAAAAAUCUUGACUGUACAGGUCUGGAGGUUAGAGAUGAUAAUGACUGCAGUGAAGAUGAAUAUACAGCUGGUGCUGAAGUUCAAGAUAAGCCCUGCUCCACUAUUGAACAUGGACUCAAUCCCGAUGUAUAUCUGGUUUGUCGCUCAGAUGAUUCACCUGAAUAUGAGGAUAAGCAAUCAUUUGAUUCUGUGUGUGAGGAUGAUACUGGCACAUUAGUCUCACCAUCUGACACGGCUAGUCAUAAAGACCUUGACUGUGCAGGUCUUGAGCUUAGAGAUGAUAAUACUUUACUCUAUAACUGCAAUGAAAAUGAGUAUUCAGCUGGUGCUGAGGAUCGGGAUAAACUCUGCUACACUGUGGAACAUGGCCUCAACCCUGAUGGUUGUCUGAUUCGUCCCUCUGAUGGUUCACCUGAAUACGAGAAGCAAUCUUUUGUUUCCUUAUAUGAUGGUAAGAAGAUACAUGUCAAUGAGACUACUGAUGAAUUGACUUCUUGUGAUGAUCAUGAAGGGAGUUCAAAUUUGCAUGGUCCUGAAAGGCUAUUAUCAACCAGAAAGGCCAUUUCGCCAACUUCUCAGGAAAAGCUCUGCAAAGCCAUGGACUCCAUUGAUAUUCGUCAUACAAACAAUCUAAAAUGCAAAGGAGUACUGCAAUUUACUGAGCAAACUGAUAAGAAAGGUGAUGCAGAAGGACUUAAUGAUAUCACAAGAACUGAAGUUACUAAUAACCCUAAGAAAACAGGAGUUACUCCAAAGACUUCAAAAAGUGGUAUCAGUCUUAAGGCCGUUCCCAAGAUUCGUAAUUCUUCUCGCCCAGCAACUCAUCUGGGGUGCAGCACUUUACAGAAUUGCUCAAAGAGUGCUAUUUCAUUUUCAAAGCAGCAGAUGCAUGAUGCAGAAUCUCUUGCUAUGAGACUCACAAAAGAGUUGAAGUCAAUGAAGGACAUUGUGGAUGAUAUGUUACGAUCUGAAUUCUGUCUUAAUACCUCUUUGAGAUAUAAAGUAAAUGAGGCAAGAAUGGCCGUCAAGAGUGCCACAAAAGCUGAAGAAGGUGCAAAGAGGUGGCUGUCCUUCAUGUCAAGAGAUUGCAACCGUUUCUGUAAAAUAAUGAAAUUAUCUGAUAGUAGUUCUUCAACUCCACAAGACGCAGUCUCACCUCCCCAAGAAAUGCCGCGUAAAGAGAAAAAAAUAGCCUUCGCUGAUGAAGCAGGCGGAAGGCUCUGCCAGGUUAGAAUCUAUGAGGAUGAUGAAGAACAUUUGUCAGAAUCUAAGUGA